AUGGAGCCGGCGGUCUCUCGUGCUGCUCUGCAGCACGAGCGAGCAGCAGCAGCAGCAGCAGCAGCAGCAGCAGGACCGUUCCAGUCGCCGGAGCCUGCGGGGUCUGCAGCAUCGACGGCAGCAGCAACGCCGGCAGCAGCAGCGGAACCUGCUGCAGCAGCUGCAGCAGAAGCAGAAGCAGCAGAAGCAGCAGCAGCAGCAGCAGCAGCAGCGAGGCCCCCUGCUGAUGGCACUCUUGUUAUUAUUGUGGAUUUAAACCCCGCAGUGUGGCAGCAGCCAUCAGCUCUAAAUGCUUUUCUGGAGAAGACGCAGCCCAUCCCGCCUCGCCUGCAGCAGCGGCUGCAGCAGCAGCAGCAGCAGCAGCAGCAGCAGCAGCAGAAGCAGCAGCAGCAGCGACACAACAGCGCCGAGGCCCUGGUGCAGUCUCGCGUUUCUCCCGCGCAGUAG